GAAGCAAACACGACGCCUAUAAAUAUGCUCCCUUGCCUCCUCCAUUGAUGUGUGCACGGCACUGCUUAGUUGCUUCGAGACACGAUCGAUCAUAAGUCAUCUGGAUCAGCCAUGACGAACGGCUACCUGUUCCGGGAGUACAUCGGCGCGCAGUUCACCGGCGUCCAGUUCUCCGACGUGCCCAUCAACGCCAUGCUCAGCUUCCACUUCAUCCUCGCCUUCGCCAUCGACUACACGCCGGUGAACCAGCAGCCCACGCCGGUCCCCACCAACGGCGUGUUCAGCCCGUUCUGGGACACGGGCAACCUGUCCCCAGCUGCCGUGGCCGCCAUCAAGAGAGCGCACCCGAACGUCGCCGUCAUGGCGGGGCUUGGCGGCGACAGCGUGCAGGACAUCGUCAAGGCCGUCUUCACGCCCCAGUCCAUCGACUCGUGGGUGGCCAACGCCGUGACGUCGCUCACGCGCAUCAUCAACACGUACGGGCUCGACGGUGUGGACGUCGACUACGAGCACUUCGCCGACGGCGCCGACGUGGACACGUUCGUCGAGUGCAUCGGCCGCCUCCUGACGCAGCUCAAGGCAAGGAUGCCGAACAUCGCCACCUCCAUCGCGCCAUUUCAGGACGACGUGGUGCAGAGGUACUACCAGCCGCUGUGGAGCAAAUACUCUGGCGUGAUCGACUACGUCAACUUCCAGUUCUACGGCUACGGCGCCAACACCGACGUCCCCCUGUACAUCCAGUUCUACGACAAGCAGGCGGCGAACUACCCCGGCGGCAAGGUCCUCGCCAGCUUCAUGACCGGCAACACGACCGGCUUGAUCUCGCCGGACCUCGGCAUCAGUGCGGCCAAGGAGCUGCAGCGGCAGAACAAGCUGCCUGGGCUCUUCAUCUGGUCGGCGGACAGCUCCAAGCGGAGCAGCUACGGCUUCAAGUACGAAACUCAGGGGCAGCAGAUCAUUGCAAACCACUGAUCUUUGAUCGGACGGUGCCUAAUUCUCCGUCCUCGAAGGACUUUGGAAUAAACACGUUGCUACUUGCUGCGUGCUUUGUGUCCUAGUAUGUAAGAAUACAACUUUUGCAGCUUGUUGCUCAAAUAAACGUUUGCUUUGCUUGACGUACGUAUGCGGAUGUCGGCACGAAAUCACAAAUUUGCGGAUGUCGGCCAGUUUCACUUGGUGCUCACACGCCCACGUCGCCCAUUGUAGACUGCAUGGACGC